AUGUUGAUUGACGGCGAGAAGUGGGCUUGUGAAGCUUGCGUCCGGGGUCACCGAGUCAGCGGCUGUCACCACAGUGAUCGGAGCCUCGUUCACAUCAACAAAAAGGGCCGGCCAGUCUCCCAAUGCCCUCACUGCCGCGGCCUGCGCAAGUCCAGAACAACUCACGCCAAGUGCGACUGCGGGGACAAGAAGAAGGACCACUAUGUCGCCGGUCACCUGGAACACGAGAUGGGCGAGCACAAGUGUCGCUGCGUCCACGGCCAACGCUGCACCUGCGCCUUGAAGUUGGAGCAGCACCUGGACCCCGUCCCCGAAACUGGUCUUCCUCCCGCUCCCUCUCCUGCUGUGACGGAGAUGCGCAAACCUCGCCUGACGUCAACCAAAUCCGAGAGCACUUUGACCGUCUUCCGAGAUGGUCACCACAAGCCAAUGCACAAACACAACGAUAUGGCUCACAAAUGUGGUCUGCCUUAUACCAUCCCACGACACCACACCAUCCACGGAACAUCCGAGUUAGCCCAGCGGUCCGCAGACUACCUACCGCUCACUCUCAGCCAAACCGCAGAUAUCAAGUCGCCUUACACUGUCGAUCUCGAGUCCGACAGCCAAUUUGCGCCUCGACAGGUCAAAUCUGAGCAUAGCUCUCCCGUGAUGGGCGCCAUGGCCGCGCCAGAGCAGAUCAACACUCAGAUUCCUCCUCUUGAUCUCAGUUCUUUUACCGCAUUCGGUACCACCAACCCGUCGACGGAUUCGCUGAGCUCGUUUUUCCAAGAGCCAUGUCAAGACCCAUGGCUAGCAUCGCCCGAUACCGACCUCUCUGCUUUCAACGCUCCGCCAGUCGAUUGGUCGAGCUUUCCGCUGUCGUCGACCGGGGUGGCGACAACGGUCAGCCAAGCCCCAUCGUACGCCAGUUUCGAUUUGAACAACAUAAGCAACCCCAGCUAUCCUGGCCUGACCGCGUCUUCGUCUGGAGACAUUUCUGAAGUUGAUGACUUUGGGCCCCUUCCGAGCCUAGGCGCGUCGAGCAACGACCUCCAUGACCUGCACAGCGUCAGUGACCGUUCCGACGUCGAUCAGUACCGGGUCAGCUCUGCUUCGUCAUUUGCAGACUUGCCGCAGGCCCAGCUACUAUCGUCGAACAACUUGGAGUCAAUCAGUAUAGACGAUUUCCUCAAGUCCGCCAACGAAUCGACUGCUGUUCUCGAACAACAGCUCCAGGCUAGCAUGGCCAUGGAGUCCAAGGCUUUGUCUGCGCCGCAGCAAAGUUACUCAAUGCCACCGGCACCUGCUGCCUAUCCCACCAGCGAACCUACUACUACUGCUGGUCUGGAGAUGGACCCGUCCCAAAACGAUUUGAAUGACAUGUUUUGGGCGGCAAACAUCUUCAACACAUCUAUUCCGCCCUCGAUGCCCGCCCCUGCUGCCGAAAACCCCUUUUCGCAGCCACCUUGGGCAAACUAA